AUGAAUCAAGUAAUUUAGAAGAAUUAGUAUUGCAUUAAUGUCAUUUCAAAAUAGAAGGAAUACAAGCUCUAUGUAAAUAUUCCAGCACCUUAAGAGAGAAGAUUAAAAAUGAAGGAAGAGAAAGAUUGGAAAAAAGUUAUUCAAAUUUUUGUGAUAAAUUAAAGAUUGACACUUUAAAAUUUAAAAAUAAAAAAUAAAGUAUUAAAUUAAUAAUUCUCUGAUGCGCUUAAUCAAUUACUAUAUCCUUUUGAGUAAGAACUAUUAAACAUAAUAAAAUAAAAAAAACUAUCUUCAGGAAUUGUAAGAGACUUAAAUGAAUAAAAUAUGCUUUCCUCAAUAUAAAAUGAAAGAAUAGAAUUACCAUUUGCUUUAAAUUAACUAAGCUUUGAAAAUUGUACAAUCUAAGACGAUGUUUUAAGUGGAUUUUUAGUGAUAUGUGAAUUAAAAGAUCUCUCAAUUAUCAAUUGUAAGGAAUUUUAAGUUGGAAUCAAAAGAAGUAUGGAAUUAAUCAAGCGUUUAUAAUUGGAUGAAUAUUAUUCAUACAAAAUAAAGUCGUUUUCAUGUGAAAAUACUGUUAUUUAAGAUGUUGAAACCUUUUAAUCUUUAAUUAAAGAUAUUGUCUUAAACUCAAAUAGAUAAUUAUUAGAAAUUCUCAAUUUAGAUAAUUGUUCUUUGAAUGAUGAUAUGAUGCUAGUAUUAUCUAAAUAGCUUAUGGCAAUUAAAGAAGAACAGAAAAAAUAUAAUCGAGUCUUUCUACUUAGAGAUCUAAAUUUAAGUAAUAAUAAUUAAAUGUCAGUAAAUUCAUGGCAAUAACUUUGGGAUGUAUUAUUGAAUGAAAGUAAGUUAGAAAAAAAGGUAGAUGUACCUUAAGAAUAAUCUAUAAUAAUAGCUAAUCCAUCAGUAUUACUUAGAACUUUUGAAAAAGAGAAAGAUACGAUUAUUAAUGAGACCUAAAAGCUUAUUGAAUCAUCAUUGUUAUGUUUAAAAUAAAAAACACUUUAUAAUUAUCAGAAAUUCACUCCUUAAUUUCCUAAAUAAAUAACAAGUUUAAUUAUUAAAAUGGAAUUCAAAAACCUUAAUGAUAAUGAGUUAAAAUUUUAAUAUUAUAGACUGAUAGUUGGUUAUAUCUGAAAGUUAGUUAAAAAAUUUGGAAUUAGAAUCCUUGAAUAUGAUUGCUUUUAUUAAGGCCUGUUUGGAAGCUUAUGAAUAUUCUAAAUUCUACUUAGAAUCAGCAUUAAAAUAAUCUAAACAAGAUCACAAAAGUUAAAUAAAAUCAAUUAAGAUCAAAUCCCUAACGGCUAAUGAUGAGGAAAGCACUGAAAAAUUUAUUUAAAUAUUUCUUUGUUCUAAACAUAUAGAAUUAAAUGUGUUAAAUAUUUUUGGAUGUACUUAACCGAUUUUACAUCUAAUUUUAAAGAAUAUUGAUAGAAAAGAGGAUUACAAAUUAGAGGAAUUAUCUCUUCCACAUCUAGAAGAGACCCUAGAUUUAGAGGAUACAAUAAAUUAUUGUUAAUGGAUAGUGUUUGGAGAGAAAAUGCCAAUUAAAAAACUUACCUGUUGUCCAAAUUUAUCUGAAAUAAAUUAAGAGAAAUUUGAUCAAUUCUCGUUAUCAAAAAUCAAAGUAGAAUCUAUUAGUUUGAAAUAAAAAUAAGAUAACUCAAGUAGUGUUAUAUAAUAUAGUAUGAUUCUAUUUAAAUUAUUUUUAAAUGGAUUGCAAGAAAUAACAAUAGAUAAAACAGAUGCUACUUCAAUUAUUGUAAAUACUUUUAAUAAAAUCAAUGAUUUUGAUAAUUUGAUGUUAAAGAAAUUAACAUUUAAAGGGGAUCUUAAGAUUAAUAAAAACUUAUUUGAAAAACUGUCGAAAUUAUUUGAGAAGUUAGAACUUUUCUAAGUUUAAAAAUUAUUAUUAGAAAAUGAAUUUGAAAUUUAUGAUAUUUGCUCAUUAAUGGAUAUAAAUUAAUCUAAAAAUCUUAAAAUCAUUAUCAAAUAAGUAACAUGCAAUAACCCAAAUGAAUUUUACAAGAAAUUCCUAUUCAACCCAAAUGUUGGUAUAACAGAAGUGAUCUUAAAAGAUCCCUCAUUAUUGGAAAAUAAAUUUGAUAUAUAUGACUUAGGGUAAAAAAUAAGAUACUUGAAUUUACAAAUGGGUCUAUUGUACAAUUCACACAAUUAAUUAAAUGUUAAUGCUUUAUAAAUUAUCAGUAAAAUGCUUAUUUAUAAUGAAUCAAGUAAUUUAGAAGAAUUAGUAUUGCAUUAAUGUCAUUUCAAAAUAGAAGGAAUACAAGCUCUAUGUAAAUAUUCCAGCACCUUAAGAGAGAAGAUUAAAAAUGAAGGAAGAGAUUAAACAGCUUAAUUAAAAUUAAAAAAGGCUACACUUUAUUAUUCACUUUAUAUUGGAGAUGAUGGUGUUUAAAUAUAUUGUAAUGAUCUAUUAUAUUUCGAAUACAUUAGUAUUGAGAGAUUUGAAGUUUAAGUAACAAAUUGGAAUGAUGUAAUGACUAAUAGUUUAUGUUUAGCAGCUCAAAAUUGGUUGUAAUACUAAAAAUAGCAUUAAAGAUAAUAUAGAACAAAAUACCCAAUAAAAUAUUUAGAUAUAGGAAGAAAUGAAUUUGUUGAAGAACAAGAAACGUGGUCUAAUUUUUUAAAGACAUUUGUGUUUACUGAUAACACUCCUGAUUUAGAAACAUUGA